AUGGCUGAGAAGGAUACAGUGAAUUUGAUCAAAUUAGACGGGACGAACUAUCAAAUGUGGAAGUUUGGUAUCACGUUCUUACUCGACUCGAAAGACUUGUCAGAUUUUGUUGAUGGAACAGUCGAAGAACCUGACAAGGUGACAAAGUUGGCUGAUUGGAAAAUGUGGCGCAAGAAUAGAUCACAGGCAGCAGUGAUCUUACUGAGUUCGGUUGAUCAAGCAUUGCAUCCCAACUUGAUUAAUUGCAGCAGUCCUCAAGGAAUUUGGGACAAGCUUAAAGCACUAUACGGUGAAGUGAGUGAAGAUGCAGCGGCCAGUGCAUGGCAACAAUACUAUGACUUCAAAAUUGUUGACAGUGAGCCCGUCAACGUGCAGAUAGAGAAGUUUGAAAGUAUUUGUAAGAAACUUGAAAACGCUGGUGAAAAAGUAUCAGAGAAAUCCGUGAUGUCGAACCUUUUGAGCAGUUUGACACCAAGAUUUUCGGCAUUUAGAAUGGCAUGGGAGUGCACUGCCAAGGAUGCACAAAAGAUAGAAAAUCUUACAGUAAGAAUUAUCCGCGAAGAUAAACGGCUGAAAGGAGAUGAAGAAAGUGAGACAACAUUGGCUUUUCAAGUUAAUGCCAUGCGUUUAAAGAAGCAAGAUAGACAAGAAGCAGCAAAGAGAAUUCAAGAACUAAAGAAGAGAACCAGAUGCAAUAAGUGCAAGAAAUUAGGACACUGGAUGCGAGAAUGUCCAGAAAACCUUGAAGAUGAUAGAAAAUAUGCGGGCAAAAAUGACGAGGACUUAAAAACAAUAGAAACCUAUGUUUGUGAAACUUCAGCAUUACACUCAGAAAUAUCCCUUAAAGAAAGAGAUAUUUGGAUAGCAGAUUCAGGAGCGAGUAUGCACAUAGCAUGGGAAAGAGGAAUUUUUACAACCCUACAACCCUCCAAAGAGAUAACAUUUGUAAAGAUUGCGGACAACAAAGUAUUGCACACAGCUGGGAUCGGAACAGUGGACAUCCAAGUAAACCUAAAUGGCUACAAUGGAGAGUCUUCAAAUUAUCGCCUAUGGGAUAAAGAAAGCCGAAAAAUACAUGUGAGCAGUGAUUUCAUCUUCAAUGAAAAACAGGAAGUUAAAGGUAUAGAAAAUAAUGAAAAUAAAUACCAAACUUUUGACCUGAGCCCAGUUACCUCAGAGAGGACAGAGACAGAUGAUCAACAGCAUGAAGAGGGAAGUUCAACAGAAGAAUAG